GCUUCCAGCAGCCCCCCUAGCCACCAUGCUCCUCAGCAGUGUCUUACUAUUAUCGUCAGCCGCGGACGGCACGGCAUGGGAAGCGAGAUGUCUUGGUCCAUUGCCACGCUUCCUCGAUCUGCCUCUCUCUUUCUUCCCCUCACCCUGCCGACACGGCGGGCCAUCAACAGAUCGCACACAUUCCACCGGCAGCCAUCUUGGACCUCUGGAGCACUGCGACAUGCAUAUUGACACAAUGAUCCGGCAGGUAACACACACACAGCAAACGCAGUACACGCAGCUCCCAUGUUCCCCCGUUUGUCUCGAACACCUGCAGGUAGCACCCCCACACGAUCCACGUCUCUUUCAACCUCGUCAUCCAGUCGAACGCGAUCAACGAGCCAAGACAGCACUUGUCGAAACACACGAGAUCUCUACGACGCGUCCCUCCUCUCGUAUUCAUGAUCUAGUAUCCUUCCGCCACCAAGUGAACCCUCUGCCUCUGCUUCGUCCGCUUUGGGCCACACUCACAGCCUUCGGAUGCGAUCAGCCGAUGCACCAGGCCUGUUGAGGGAGGUCGGUCACAGCCUGACCAAGAAAAGAAAAUGAAAGAAUAAUUGAGGCUUGUCGAUAAUCCGUUGCGCAACUUGAGUGCUCACUUCCUUCUCAGAACAUUCCGUUAGGCCAUGGCGGAUUCGAGCCUGUCGUGCCAUCUUUACGUCGGCUGUCACCUUACACAGAGAUGUCCGGGUCGUCGUCCGAUGCAGCAGGUGGCUGCCUUGGUCGCACAUCCGUAGUCGCCUCGCCGUAUUCAUCCUCGUUCUCGUUGUUAUGGCAUAGUUUCGCUCCCCGCCCCCCCUUGUCACGAGCUACUACACCGCGGCCACUUCUUGGUUGGGU